CAUGAGGCCAUGGGCUAGGAGUUGCUCUCGGGAUAUCAAUCCUAUAUAUGAAGGUGUUCAUAUAUAUAUAUAUAUAUAUUACAAUUAGCUGCAAAAUGAGAAGGAAACAAACACACGAAAGCGAAUAAACAGAUACAAAAAUGGGAAAAUCAAACCCAUUCCUGUAUCUGCCAACGCCAAGAAUGUUUCCUUUAAUCUGCCUUUUUCUUCUUUUUCAAGUCUCUGCCUCAUGGGCAGCUUCCGAUUCUGCCCAUAACGCCUUUGUCCAGUGCUUAUCAUGUCAAACAAAGCAACCAGAUCAAAUCUCCAAAAUAGUUUAUGCUCAAAACAACCCUUCCUACUCAUCCGUCCUCCGUGCCUACAUCCGCAAUGCACGCUUCAACACCACAUUGACGCCAAAACCUGUCAUCAUCGUGACCCCGACAGAGGAAUCCCAUGUCCAAGCCGCUGUGAUUUGUGCCAAGAAAAAUGGCAUCCAUAUAAGAAUCCGCAGCGGCGGCCAUGACUACGAGGGCGUCUCGUAUGUAUCUCAAGACCCAUUUGUCGUCCUCGAUAUGUUUAAUCUUCGUUCUGUUGUGGUCGAUGCCAAGGAAGAAACUGCAUGGGUGCAAGUCGGCGCCACGCUCGGAGAAGUUUAUUAUAAUAUAUGGCAGAAGAGCAAGCUGCAUGGCUUCCCGGCAGGGGUUUGUUCCACUGUCGGCGUUGGUGGGCACUUAAGUGGCGCUGGAUAUGGUUUCAUGGUUCGGAAAUAUGGACUUACCACAGAUAAUGUCCUUGAUGCGAAGAUCGUGGACGUUAAUGGGAGAAUCCUUGAUAAGACUUCAAUGGGAGAAGAUCUUUUUUGGGCCAUUAGAGGAGGAGGAGGCGCAAGUUUUGGAGUAAUACUCGCAUUCAAAAUAAAGUUGGUUCCUGUUCCGGAAAAGGUUACCGUUUUUAGGGCUGAAAGGACCUUGGAAGAGAACGCGACCGAUAUUGUCUAUCGAUGGCAGCAAGUCGCUCCGACCACGGAUGACAACCUGUUCAUGAGGAUGCUGAUACAGCCCGUGACAUCCAAGGUGAAGAAGGGGGAGACGACAAUCCGAGCGUCGAUCGUCGCAUUGUUCCUCGGCAAAGCAGAAGACCUGAUCACGUUAUUAAGCAAGGAGUUUCCUGAACUAGGUUUGAAGAAGGAAGAUGUGACGGAAAUGAGUUGGAUUGAUUCUGUUGUGUGGGCUGGCGCCGGCAAUGGCAAUGUCACGUCCCCGACAGUCCUCCUCGACCGACACCCCGACACGGCAAUCUUCGGGAAGAGGAAAUCGGAUUACGUGCAGAAACCGAUUUCGAAAGCUGGGUUGGAAUAUAUAUGGAAGAAAAUGAUUGAGCUCGGAAAAAUUGGACUGGUUUUCAAUCCUUAUGGUGGAAAAAUGAACCAAGUACAAGCUUCUGCACUUCCUUUCCCACAUCGUGCAGGGAAUUUGUUCAAAAUCCAGUACUCAAUAAGCUGGCAAGAUGCAGGAAUUGAGGCAGAAAAGAACUCCAUAACUCAAUCAAGGAGCCUUUACAGUUACAUGACUCCUUUCGUGUCCAAGAACCCUAGAAGUGCAUAUUUGAACUAUAGGGAUCUUGACAUUGGGAUCAAUCACCAUGGUAAGAACAGCUAUGCAGAAGGAAAGGUUUAUGGAGCCAUGUAUUUUCAUGAAAACUUUGAUAGGUUAGUGAAGAUCAAGACUGCAGUUGAUCCAGACAAUUUCUUCAGGAAUGAGCAAAGUAUCCCUCUGGCCUCUUCCUCAUAAUUAAGGUUUAGGAAAUUUUACUCCGACACAUUAAUUAAUAAUGUUGUGAUGGUCA